GCUGCCCGCUCCGGCGGCUGCGCUGCUCACCCGCGGCAACGUCGCCCCCGAGUCUCCAGCAUGAACGAGCUGAGGCUUAGAGCGGUCCGCGACCCGGACGCACCGACCGUGGACAAGGAGUCGGAGAGAGAAGUAAAGGUAGAUGGAGAGACUGCAUCGGACAGUGAGAGCCGCACGGAAGUUGCUCCCCUAGUAACCUCUGCAGACGAUACCCCAGAGGUCCUCAACAGGGCCCUUUCCAACUUGUCUUCAAGAUGGAAGAACUGGUGGGUGAGAGGCAUCCUGACUUUGGCCAUGAUUGCAUUUUUCUUUGUCAUCAUUUACCUGGGACCAAUGGUUUUGAUGAUGAUUGUGAUGUGUGUUCAGAUAAAGUGUUUCCACGAGAUUAUCACUAUUGGCUACAAUGUCUACCACUCCUAUGACCUACCUUGGUUCAGGACCCUCAGCUGGUACUUUUUACUUUGUGUAAAUUAUUUCUUCUACGGGGAAACAGUGACGGAUUAUUUCUUCACUUUGGUCCAGAGAGAGGAGCCUUUGCGGAUUCUCAGCAAAUACCACCGGUUCAUUUCCUUUACUCUCUACCUAAUAGGAUUCUGCAUGUUUGUAUUGAGUCUGGUCAAGAAGCAUUAUCGCCUGCAGUUCUACAUGUUUGGCUGGACCCAUGUAACAUUACUGAUUGUUGUCACCCAGUCACAUCUUGUUAUCCACAACCUGUUUGAAGGAAUGAUCUGGUUCAUUGUCCCCAUUUCUUGUGUGAUCUGUAAUGACAUCAUGGCCUACAUGUUUGGUUUCUUCUUUGGUCGGACUCCACUCAUCAAGCUGUCGCCGAAGAAGACCUGGGAAGGCUUCAUUGGGGGCUUCUUUGCUACUGUGCUGUUUGGCCUCCUGCUGUCCUAUGUGAUGUCUGGGUACAGAUGCUUCGUCUGCCCCGUGGAGUAUAACAAUGACACCAACAGCUUCACUGUGGACUGUGAGCCCUCGGACCUGUUUCGCCUGCAAGAGUACAACAUUCCUGAGGUUAUCCAGUCGGCCAUUGGCUGGAAAAUCGUCCGGAUGUACCCCUUCCAGAUUCACAGCAUUGCCCUCUCCACCUUUGCUUCGCUCAUCGGCCCCUUUGGAGGGUUCUUCGCCAGUGGAUUCAAACGAGCCUUUAAAAUCAAAGACUUUGCCAAUACUAUUCCUGGUCACGGAGGCAUCAUGGAUCGCUUUGACUGCCAGUAUCUGAUGGCCACCUUUGUCAACGUAUACAUCGCCAGUUUUAUCAGGGGCCCGAACCCGAGCAAGCUGAUUCAGCAGUUCAUGACCUUGCGGCCAGAUCAGCAGCUCCACAUCUUCAACACACUCAAGACUCACCUGACCGACAAGGGGAUGUUGAGAGACGCCACGGAGGACUAGGAGGGGCCACUUAGGACCAGAGAGCCAGAGCAGGACUGAGCGGGGGCCAGGGCUCCAAGGCAAGCCCAGCUGGUGUGACUUACAUAAUGACGAGGCUUCAACUCACUGUCUUUUUAUUUUUUAAGUUUUUGGUAGAGUGUUUUUUUAUAUGUAGGUUUUUAAAAAAAUUCUGUACAUACAGUCUCUGUGCUUAUAAAUUGGGUUGUGAGUAAACUACAACUUUGAGUUGGAAAGAAGUCAUGAGGGUGAAACCAUUUGUUUUUUUGUUGAUGUUGUUGAUCCUCAUCUGAGGAUAUUUUUCCAUUACUUUUUAGGUAGAGUGGAAGAGAGGGAGGAGAGAGAUAGAGGGAG